AUGCUCCGUUCAACAGCACGCACUCUUCGCACGACGGCUCCUCGCCGAUUCUAUGCCACCCCGGGUCCUCAACCGACAAUGACCAAGCCCGCCAGCAAUCCACCAAAGACGGGCAACAGUACAGUCCCGCUAGUCGUCGCUGCAAUCGCUGUAGCAGGCGGUGGAUGGUACUAUCUCAGUAGCACCGGCAAAGACGACGAGCUCAAGGCCAAAGCAAAAGAACUCCAGCAUUCUGCCGAAGCAAAGGGUGAGAAAUGGAAGAAGGAAUGCGAGGCAUCCUCCAGAGCACAAAGGUACAAAGAGGGCGAGGCCAAGCUUGACAAGGCGAAAUAUGAGGCUGAAAAGCAUGGACAUGAUGCUCAGAACGCUCUCCAGCGUGGCUACGAGCAGGCACGCAACAAGGCAGAGGAGGCGGUUGACAAGACAAAGGCUGCAACAGAACAAACCGUCGAGUCUGCAAAAGCCACUGGAUCCUCGUGGUGGUCAUGGGGCUCGGGCAAGGCCGAGGAUGCCAAAGAGAAGAGUGCUGCAGGUGUUCGGGAUACAGCAUCAAAGGUCGAAAAGGAGGCGAACAAACGCACCUAG